AUGAACUCGACACUGCCCUCGCGCCGGGUCGCCGCCUUGCUCGGCGGGUGUGUGCUGCUCUUCGUCGUCCUCGUCUACUCGAGCGGGACCCACAAGGCCUUGUCCUCGACGCGCCUGUUCCAGCGGCUAGUGUCGGCAGAUGGCACCUCGCCGUACGCCCACCACCUCGCCCACCCGUCAGAGGAGCCGACCCUCCCCCUCGUCGCGUCGGUCGCCUCGUUCUCCCGCCUCCCGACUCGGUUCUCGCCCGCCCAAGUCGCCGUGUGCGCCGUCGCCACCCACGAGGAGCAGUUCCUCCCCGAGUGGCUCACCUGGCACCGCCUCGUCGGCGUCGAGCGCUUCUACCUGUUCGACAACGCCCCCUCGGUCCACAUGCGCCGCCUCCUGCGCCCCUGGAUCCAGGAGGGCAGCGUCGUCCUGUACGAGCUCGGGUACCAAGACGACGUCGAGAUCGGGAGCGUGUACCAGAACCACGUCUUGCGCCUGUGCGAGCGAGACGUCCUCCCCGUCGUACCCUGGGCGAGCCACCACGACGUCGACGAGUUCCUCCUCGCCGACGCGCCAGGCUGGACCGCCCCGCUGCCGACCCUCGUCGAGCCCAACUCGUCGACCGAGGCCGGCGUCGACACGGCGCCAGCCCUCACCUGGACCUUUCCUCUUCAUGCGCGCUUCGACACGAUCCUCGGCGAGGCGACCUGUGUCCCGAUCCUGCGCCUGCCCUUCCAGAACUACGGCAUCCAGCACCUCAAGCCCAACGAGUCGGUGACCGACCUCCAGACGGUCCGAGACCGAGUCGUGCCCGACUUCCACACCUACGGCAAAAUCUUCAUUCACUCGCGAGGCGAGGGCGGCGAGAAGAACAACGCCGGGUGGAUGGGUCCUCAUUCGUGUCGCUCGCCGCCGGGCACUGUCGUCCUCGAUUCUCAGGGCAAGGACCUCGUCCAAGGGAUGACCACCUACCCGUACGCCGGCCUCCCUCUUCCUCAAGAAGGCCUGCUUCUCUUCCACUACGUCCAACGCUCGGUCGACGACUGCUACCACAAGUUCAACGUCGUCUCGUCGACGCCGAACGACUGGCGCACGCGCGACGGCCUCGAGGGCUGUGCGCGCAACUACGUGCCGCUCGACGCCGAGCUCGCGAGCCCGGAAAGCGUCGCGCACCUCGAGGCGCUCCCGCAGGGCAAGGAGCUCGUCUCGCGGCCCGACAGCUGGCGGCGCCUCUUUGUGCGCGACACGCGGGCGAGGGACAGUUGGCAAGGGCGCAUGACGCGCGCCAUCCUCGACGAGUGGCGGCGCGUCGGGGGCGACCAGGCGCGGCGCGAGGGCAGGUGGUACUGGGAGCUCGGCGACGACGCGAGCGACGAGCGCCUAGACGCGCUCGAGGGCAUCAUCUCGGUCAAGGGCAUCGGGCGGGCGUUGCCACCUUAG